AUGGGUGCUUCAGAAGGAUCUGCAGCAGGUUUGAUUCAUGGACCAGUCUGGAUUCUCAAGGGGGCUGGCAGCGUGUGGCACUCCUGCAGUCGGCUGUGGAAUUGGAGGAUGUUUUACCUGCGUCUCGUCUGGAUUUCAGCAGAGAGUUUUUCAGUUUUCCCUUGUGAGCAAGGAGUUUGAAGAAUUGGAGGACUUUUUUUUCUGGAACCUUUAAUUAUAAUCUGAGAGAUUCAGCAGUUGCGUGAUUCUUUGCAGCUUAACCCCAGGGACUCUCUUCAAUUCAUUCACCUCCUGCUGACAAGCGCUCUCCGGCGUGAUGUAGGGUUUUGGAGAGCUUUCUGAAAGUGAAGAUCCAGGAUGUCCACUGGCCAGGCGCUCCGGCGCAGCGGGCUCUGCCACUACUUCAUUGACACAGUGGCCUAUCAGGUAUGUUGCUGCUGUGGCCCUGCCCCAUGCUCCCUGUGCUGUUCCUGCUGCCCAUCCAUUAAAGCAUCCUCUGGAACAAGGGUCAUGUAUACUCUAUUCCACAUCUUGGCCUGUGUUGUCAGCUGCCUCAUGCUGUCCAGGACUGUCUCGGAGGCAGUGCGCGAAAAUGUGCCUUUCUACUCCCUGAUCUGUGAGCACAUGCACGGCACUCAGGACUGUGACAUUCUGGUUGGCUACUCAGCUGUGUACCGGGUCUGCUUCGGAACCGCCUGCUUCUAUCUGCUGCUGGCCGUCUUCCUCAUCAAUGUCAAGUCCAGCCAGGACUACCGGGCCCUCAUACAAAACGGGUUCUGGUUCAUGAAGCUGCUCAUACUGAUUGGGAUGUGCGGUGCUGCCUUCUUCAUCCCCACCGAAUCCUUCCUCCACGCCUGGCACUAUGUUGGAGUUGCUGGUGGAUUUUCUUUCAUCCUCAUCCAGCUGGUCCUGAUCACAGCGUUUGCUCACACCUGGAACAAGAACUGGCUGACUGGCGCAGCAGAAGACAAGCGGUGGUACUUGGCGGUUCUUUGCGCCACCCUGAUGUUCUACGUCAUCGCCUCGUCAGCCUUCUCCUUCAUGUACAAAUACUACACCCAUCCUGCCGGCUGCCAGCUCAACAAGGCCCUGCUGCUUACCAACCUGGGCCUGUGCGUGUUCAUGUCCUUCAUCGCAGUCACCCCCUGCGUGCAGCUCAAACAGCCGCGGUCUGGCCUGCUGCAGGCUUCCAUCAUCAGCUGUUACGUCAUGUACCUGACGUUCUCCGCACUGUCCAGCCGGCCUCCAGAGAGAGUGGAGCACCAGGGUCGGAACAUGAGUGUGUGUUUACCGAUCGUCAGUAAAGAUGGGCAACAGACUGAGGACAAUGUAGUGGCCAUCAUAGGAGCCACCAUCAUGUACUGCUGCGUGCUCUUCGCAUGCAAUGAAGCCUCCUACUUGGCCGAGAUGUUCGGACCCUUCUGGAUGAUUAAAGUUUAUAGAUACGAGUUCCAGAAAGCCAGCUGCUGUUUCUGCUGCCCUGAGAAAGAUGAAGAGCAAGCGUUUGAGGUUGAAGACAACAAGGGCGGUCAGAAGGUGAUCCACAAUGAGAUGGACCGCGUGACCUACAGCUACUCCUUCUUCCACUUCGUCUUCUUCCUCGCCUCGCUCUAUGUCAUGAUGACCCUCACCAACUGGUUCAGCUACGAGACGGCCGUGCUGGAGACCACGUUCACCCACGGCAGCUGGUCCACGUUCUGGGUGAAGAUGGCAUCGUGCUGGGCCUGCGUGGUGCUCUACCUGUGGAUCCUGCUAGCCCCGCUGUGCCGCUCGGAGCCCGGGACUCGGCCCAAACGCACACGGAUAAAGGGCAGGCGCUCCACCAGCCCAUCCCGAGACACCAGGGAGGACUGCUCUGUCUUUACCAGCCACGGGCUGUGCAAUGCCAAAGAGAAGCAAACACACCACCAGGGGCUGAGGAAAAUUCCCAUUUUCAAUUGAAAUUUUAAAUACAUUUUUAUUUUAAA